AUGGAUCUUGGUGUAAUGAGUUUAGAUGGUUUAGUUAGUUCAGAUCCUGACCAGAAAUCCAAAUGGUACAAUGGAUCUGGUUUACUCAAACAAGAGAGAUCUGGAACAAGUACUGAGGAUGAGUUAUUAAGAACUUUCAAGCUUGCAAAAACUGAUCAACAGCAAAGAAACUCUUCCCUUUUGAGAUCUAAUGUUACCACUCUUUUCUCUGAUGCUCAACACCAACAACAAAUGCUUAGUUUCUCAACUCCUAAUCCUAAAUCAGAUUCUUUUUUACUUGACAAAAAUGCCCCCACAUUGUCUUAUGCUUAUCAUCAUCCUAAUCAUAAUCAUCAUCAUAAUCCAAUGUCUACUUACAACAGAAACACAGGCUAUGGUUCUGGAAGCAUGCAUGGAGGGUUUAAUGGUGUUAGAGGACCAUUCACACCUUCUCAAUGGAUGGAACUUGAACAUCAAGCUUUGAUCUAUAAGUAUAUUACUGCAAAUGUUGCUGUGCCUCAUCAUUUGCUUAUUCCUAUCAGAAAAGCUCUUGAUUCUGCUGGCUUAAGUACCUUCUCAUCUGCACUCCUCAGACCUAAUGCAUAUGCAAUGGGAUGGGGAGGAUUCCAUCUGGGAUACUCGAACAACACCGAUCCGGAACCAGGAAGGUGUAGACGAACAGAUGGAAAGAAAUGGCGAUGCUCAAGAGAUGCCGUUGUUGAUCAAAAGUAUUGCGAAAGGCAUAUGAACAGAGGACGCCAUCGUUCAAGAAAGCCUGUGGAAGGCCAAUCGGGCCAGGCUCUCACCACUGGUGGAACCACAAAUACAGCUACUACGAAUGUUACUUCUACCAUUACUACUCCAAGUAGUUCGUCGAAGCAGAUCAAUGUCACUGCUUCUCCUUCUUCGUCUAUUGUUGUUCCAGGUGGCAACAACGCUACCAACACUCUUUCCUUUGCACAUCAGGAGCAUUCCAAGAAUAUGAACAGCCUUAUCGGACAAGAUAAUGCUUCUUCUGCUGUAAACACCAUCAACAGGAUGUUCAUGAAUAGCAAAGAGAAUAACAACAAUAGUGAGAGGAUACAGGACGGUUCGGCGCUACCGAUGCUGCCACCAACCCUUGAGUUGAAACCGAAGGACAAUAAUUCCUUCAUGAUUCAAAAACAGCACAUUCCUUAUGAUGAAUCUUCAAGGAACAACGAAUUCGGGUUUGUCACUUCCGAUUCCCUGCUUAACCCUUCACAGAAAACCACUACCUUGCUUGGAACCAGAACCUUUGGUUCAUCUUCACAGAACCCUACAAACCGUGACACAGACCCUCAACAUUCCCUAAGGCAUUUCAUCGACGACUUUCCCAAAACUCACUCUGAUCAUCACAAUCCUCAUAACCGAUCGAGUGGUUUUUCUUGGCCUGAACUCGACAUGCAGUCAGAUAGAACACAGCUUUCAAUCUCAACACCAAUGACUGCCUCGGAUUUCAUGUCGUUCCCUUCCUCAGCCACCAAUGAAAAACUCACACUUUCACCUCUUAGACUUUCAAGGGAAAUCGACCCUAUUCAAAUGGGGUUAGGCGUCGGAAAUAGUACUCUCAAUAACAACGAAUCAUCAAACCCUAGUACUAACAAUCCUACCUCAAGACAAGCUAAUUGGAUUCCAAUAACUUGGGAGAGCUCAAUGGGCGGUCCACUCGGCGAAGUACUUCAUCUUAGCACCAUUGCUUGCAACGCAAGCGAUGAUCAUUACGGCGGAAACAACCUCAACAACAACAAUUCGUCGGCUCUAAAUCUCAUGACGGAUGGUUGGGACAAUCACAAUAGUCCUCCAAUGGGAUCAUCACCAACCGGUGUCCUUCAAAAAACAGCAUUCGGAUCACUUUCCAAUAGUAGCGCUGGAAGUUCUCCAAGAGCCGAAAACAACAAAACAACUCAAGAAGGAGCUAGUUUGUGCAAUGAUCAUCUAGGAUCAACUCUUGGUAAUAAUAACACUUCCUUUACUCCUUAA